UCAUCAUCCAAUUCCUCCUUGAAAGGUCUCUCACCUCCUUUCAAAGGAACCCCUCCAUUUUCAAAAUCUUCAGCCGCGCGUUUUGACAUCGUUCCUGUGUGGGUAUGAGUAGGUAUCGAGUUUGGCGCAAAAGAUGGUGGUGUUCGGGAGUCGCGUUGCGGGGUUCAAAAAGAUAAUUUUCUUAUCGCACAAUCGCAAAAUGUGGGUCCAACGGAGCGGAUUAUCCAUUGGUCCGUCCCGACAACCUUAAUUCCGCCAUCGAGAAAUCGUAGAGAACGUCGAGAAAUUGAAUGUAGAGCCUUGCAAAGAUGUUGUACGAGCUCAUCGCAAUCGUAAGGCUUUCUUCAAAAACUCUGAUUCUGAAGAAUGCUAAUAUACCAACCCAGGUUCGGCCAUCUGGUAACCUCGCCGAGGUAAAAGAGUACAAAACCCCCUCCCAAACCACCAACUCAACUUAACUCGCACAUCCAAACCCUUCCCAUUCACAACUAACAUACCCCCAAGAAUAGCCCGCACAGCCGGCUCGUUAAUCCUCCGCUCAGGCGGCACCAUCCGCGGGAUCCAGAACUGGGGCGAAUUCGCUCUCCCGAAGCGAACGAGGAAGCACCAGGCUCAAUACACAAGUGGUCACUACUUCAUCAUGCGUUACGAUGGCAGCUCGCGGAUCCAAGACGAUGUCCGGACGACGCUGGGGUUGGAUCCGCGGAUGAUCAAGUUCACGAAUGUCAAAUUGGGUGAUGGUACCUUGGAGAGUAUCAGUAAGAUUGGUGGGAAUGUGGCAUGGAAAGAGAGGGAGGAUUUCUAGGGUGGAGAGAAGAGCUUUGGGGUCGAGGAAAAACGAGAGGAGAGGAAAAGACGAAGAAGCGCUGGGAUUGAUGAAUCAUGUGAUUGGAAUGAGA